GUUGUCGGUGUAGGUAUGGGCGGAGAUGGCAUGGCGUAGUGGCGACAUGGCUGCGCCGCGGUUGGCGCUGGCCACGCUCAUCGCCGCACUGUUCGUGUCGGCGAGUUCGCGCGCCUCCACGCAACAGCCGGUGCAGUUUGAAGCCGCGUUUCAAGGGCGGUGCGGCGAGGGCAGUCCGUGCGAGCAGCUGUGUCGCGAGCUGCACGACGGCACCUACGAGUGCGGCUGCGGCCCUGGUUAUGUGUUAAACGUCGAUGGAUAUGGGUGCUCAGAGCUAAAUGCCACAAGAGCAACCGACAUCUCCGACGCGGACGAAGACGUUCUAUAUCAAAAGGACGUGUCCUUCUCAGCAGAACUAGAAAUAGCACCGUCCAAUAGAAUAAGUAAACCUACUGUUAGCUUAAAACAUAUCGACGAUGACAGAACGCAAAGACUUACAACCACACUGCCAAUAGUUUAUAACACGAGAAGUACACCAAAUUAUACUUAUACGGGAGAGAAGUCGAAACAAGUGGAUGGUUUGAAAAGUCUAAUAGAGGACGGAGUUAGUAAAACUGAUCUGAAUAUCAUUGCUGAUGAAGUCAAAGAUGAUUUAUUGGAAGCAAGUGACGCGAAGGUGACAACGCUCGGACCUAGUUUAGAACAGAAAGUGCCAGGAGCGACAGCAUCCCCCCCAUGGACGGCAGCAGUCGAGGCCUGUGACUGUGAUAGUUGUAGCAACGAACGGUGCCCUUGCGCCGGCAACCCCAAUACUUGCAAACCUGACGGGCGCGUAUCAACGCCGCGCUUUUCGGGCGCGUCAUGGCUCGCAUUACGCGCGUUACGCGGCGCGUACAAGCGCGUGCGCGUACGUGUACGCGUUCGGCCGGAGAGGGCGCGCGGCGUGUUGCUGCUAACUGGGGAACAUGAUGACCUGUCUGGUGAUUAUUUGGCUCUGAUGUUGAGGAAUGGUCAUGUGGAAUUGAGAUUCGACUGCGGUAGCGGCGCCGGCAUCCUCAGGUCUCCGGAGCCAGUGAGACUUGGCCACUGGAACACCAUCUCCGUGUACAGACACAGAUGGGACGCGUGGCUCCGGCUGAACAACGGCAAGAGGGUGCGGGGACGAUCUAAGGGUCUCUUCUCCCGCAUGACCUUCCGUGAGCCAGUCUGGGUUGGAGGUGCUGGUAACACGACUGGUCUACAAAGCAAGCUGGGCCUGUCUGAUGGACUGCUGGGCUGUGUCGACUUCCUGAGGAUCAAUGGCGAUACAUACCAGCUUAUGAAAGAUGCGGUCGCUACGCUUGAUAUAUCGGAAUGCGCCCCAACCCUCGCUCCGUGGAAACCACCAAUAGAAGUGACGACCAGCGAAGCGACACAAAAGCAAGAUGGCACCGAAACCCACAUAUACGACAUCAACGAUAUAGUCCACUUCGAAGACAACGACAUAGUCAUGAGAGACGCCAAACGAGCUAAAAUACACGAAAACAAUAAGCUAGACAACUCCGUCGUGCCAUUCAAAACUUACUCUAACGACAAUGAUGUUAAGACUCAUUUUGGUAAAGAUAAUAAGAGUGCAGGAGUUGUGGUCGAUGUGGAUAAUGAUUUGAAGAGUGAUGACAGAAAGGAGGAUAAGUCUUGUGAGUGUCAGCACGGAGGAGGUUGUGUGGCAAAUGUGUGUCUAUGUCCCCUCGGGUACGCGGGAGUUAAGUGCGAGAUCACUCUGGAUUUGAAGGUGCCUCGUUUCAAUGGGUCGUCGUAUCUGCGCUUGCCGGGGCUUGGGAAUGCGGCAGAAUCCUGGCUGGAUAUACAGAUAACUCUAAAACCAAGCAGUGGCGAUGGCCUCGUGUUAUACAACUCUGAGCGCGCAGACGGCGAUGGUGAUUUCUUCUCAUUACACCUGCGGGACUAUUUCGUGGAGUUCGCCUUUGAUUUGGGAGCUGGCAUUGCUCUCGUCAGGUCAGCGUAUCCAAUAGAAGCAAACAAAUGGCACUCCGUGUCAGUGUCCCGCGCGGGCAGACGCGCCACCCUGCGCGUGCGCGGCGCGGGCGCGGCGGCCGGGCGCGCGCGCGCGGUGACGGCGCGCGGCGCGCGGCGGCGCCUGGCGCUGCGGCAGCCGCUGCUGCUGGGAGGAGCCCCGCACCCACUACCCGCUAGGCUGGCUCUGUCACAGUCCUUCAGCGGCUGCGUAUCACAGCUGAUAAUAAACGACGAAGAGUUGUCAGUGGUGUCGGCAGCACUCGGCGGACUCAACGUCGAUAACUGUGAUGACUCCAAUAGUAAUUGCACCAACAAGAACUGCAAAGAAAUUUUCCAACCGAUACCCUACGCGCACAACAUCUCAGAAACCGACCCCCACCAUUCAAUAGUAGCGAAAAAAGGCUUCAAACUAAAGUACCACAAAACACAUAAAAAGCACACACACAUAGACAAAUACAAAAAGAAGAAAUACUUCAUAAGUAAAAAACAUCAAUUCUUAAUGGAAGGCUUAGAAAGAAAUAAUGAUGUGGUAACUGAUUUACCUUAUGACGGACAAACUUAUAUGCAAGUGAAAUAUUUGAGUGACAAUGAAGUUAAUUGGGGAGAUAUGAAUACGUAUCCUAGUUUUACGGGGACGGAUAGCUUCAUUCAUAUUGAUGAUGAAGAUACUAUGAAACGGCUAGUAAGCUACUCGCUGGACAUAAACCUCAGGUUCCGCUCGGUGUCGGCCGCGGGCCUGCUGGUGUGGAGCGGCGGGCGCCCACACCCGCCCGACUUCCUCUCGCUAGCUAUUGAGAACUCCGUGCUUGUCUUCAGGUACGACUUGGGCAGCGGAGAAGUGGUAAUCAUCGCGAACCACACUAAAGUAGAUGACGGACUCUGGCACCGCGCUAGAGCUACCAGAAACAGACAAGCGGGCGUGUUAGAAGUUGAUGGUCUUGGCUCUGUGGGCAAAGUUUCACCCGGGAAACUGAAGCAGUUAAACACUGAAAAUGGACUGUAUAUAGGAGGUCUACCUUCAAUAGAAGUGAACACUGCAGGCCGCUACCUGCGCGGUCUGCAGGGCUGCGUGUCAUCCAUCUCGCUGAGCGGCGACUUCGACAUCCCGCUGUCCCUCUCCAAGCUGCCGCACACCAUCACCAACAACGUCGGCCGCUGUACUCCAUAAAACAUGCACUAUUCAUUUAAAUGAACCCACCACGUUCAUUUAAGUGAAUAAACUACAUUUGUUACUAUUAACAACCAGUUCAUUUAAUAUUUAACGAGUUUGAAUGAACUUGUUAAAUAUUAAAUGUAACUUCGUUAUUAGAAUUAGGUGUGACUCAUAGAUUUUUGUCUUCGUUUUUUGAGGAGUUGCUUUCGAUUAUGUAACGACCAAACUCCACUACAUAUCAAUGUAAAUUAAAUGUCGGAGGCAAUAAACUACAAUACGAUGUUUUUUCAACAAUUUUGAUAUAAAUCUCUGAUCGUUUCCUCUCAACAAAUCAAUGGUUUGAUUUUUAGUUUUUAAAUGAAUACUCUAGUCAAUUUAGAAUAAGUAAACUGCGGGUUUCUGAAUCUGUCAUCUUUGUAUUGUUUUUUUACUCUUAUUUAAUUUUAUAAAUUUAAUUUAUUUUCCAUGUACGAUGGAAUAACUUUUCAAAGUGCUUUACUAUCUAGUAGAUAUAAAAAAAACCUAUUUGUAAUGUUAAAUUAAAUAAAAUUCUAGUCGUACGAGUGGUUUGCACGCAGUAUCAUUUUGUAAGAAACUUUUUGUUUCAUAGCUAAUCACAAUUUGUUACGAUGUGGGUGUAUUUUAUAUAAUCGCAUGGACGAAGCUGGGAUAGUUUUAAUGUAACCAUCAGAUUUUAACCUAACAUCAUCCCAAAUAUAAUCAUCAAUUUUUCAAAAUAAAUAAUUUAAGGAUUUCUUUAAUUUCCAGUAAUUUUCUAGUCACCUUAUCAAUUAAAAUAAAGCACAUAUGCUACUUAAAAAUAUCCCAGCUGCGUCCAAGUAAAAUAGUUCAAUAAGUAUACAUACAUAGCGUUUGUAUAUCGAAAACAUUUUCAUAUGAACGUGGUUUUAGAACAUUUGUAAGUAGUACAAUAGAGUUUGAUGAUACUGUAAUAUUUAUUGAGCUUUUAUAUUUAAGCCCGGGAACUAAGUCCCAUGUACCCAUGUAGUUUUUUAUAUGUAAAAAAAUGAUUCAAACUGCUGAUUAACUUAAAUAAUUAAACAUAUUUAAGUUUUCUUUUGUAUUUACAAAAUGAACUCUGUUAGUCUAUGUUGAAGUGGUACUGGUAACGCAUUGUAUUAAUUUAAUAAACAAGGAGUGAACUCUAAAACUGUCAAGUUAAAGUGAUAAAUUGGUAGUCACCCUUGGAACUCACAUUCACAUACGACCUUUAAAUACCAAACUGUGUCAUUGAGUGAGUGUUUUCUAUUACAGAGGAUAAGGACAGUAAUAAUUAUUUUAAUUCAAAAUGAACUCAAAAAAACAACUGUAUGUUCCCGGGCGUGUGUUGACUAGCUUUGUUUUGCAAGUUGGUUUGCUUCGGACCUAGCACCCUUAGUCCUAAUAUAGUCGAUACAUAUAUUUAUAUCUAUCGGUAGUUUUACGCGCUUUGUAUGUAUAAACGAUAGGUAUCGAAACUUAUUAAUUGUUCAAUGGCAGAGACUCUGUAAUCAACAUAAUAUGUUAUCGGAUGUAAUUUUUUUUUAUAAUAAUAGACUCGACUCGAAAUUUAUGAUAAGCACUACAAUGAUAUAAUGUAUUCACAUUUUUUUUAGAAAUAAGCCCACUUUAAAUCAAGCAGUUUUUUGUGCUAAUUAUGAAGUGAUUCGAAUAUCUUAAUUGAUUUAACGAUGAUUUGACAAUCACUAAUGAGUUUGAAUGUUUUUUUAAAGUGGUCAGAUAAAAUUAUGUCAUCGUUUAUCUAGCUGCUGUUGAACAAUUGAUAAGAAACGAUUCGAUGCAAACCUUAAAUGCCCUUAACUGGGAUUUCAUUUACACCAAUAAUUUUCGUCAAUUAUAGUAUUUCACAGGGUGUGGAAAUUAUUUACAUAAAUAUCUACAUAUCUUUAUUGUGGUCUCCCCGUUAUUUGACUGAACAUUUUAAUUUGCGAAGAUAUUGCUAGUUCAUUUAAUUGAACCGCGUUAAUGGGGUUAAAUGUAACUCAUUUUAAAUGAACUUUUGGAAUUAUAUACUCGUAUCAGAACCAACAAAUUGUUAAAUUAUUUAAUAAAAAGUAAAUAACGAAAUAAAAAAUAAAUUUUAUAACGAAACAAUUUAAUGAUAUGCAAUAAUAAUUAUUACGUGUUUAGUUGAUCCCUGCGCUUGUCGCCAUUUUUCUAAAUUAGCUACAAUUUACCACCGGCUUUUGAUAAAAGAGAUUUUUGUAAAUGAAACUUUUCAGUGCAUAAUGACUCGGCUGUCUAUGCACCUCGUUGGAACACCCCCUUUGUCACUUGAUAUAAGGUGACAACACACUUUAAACCUUGUGAUUUUUUUCCUCACAACCCUUAAUAAACUUCUGUUUCACAUCUAUAGUGGAGCUGGUUACAAGUAUGUUUUCCCCUUUUCAGCGAGGUGCAAUAGAAACCAGAGAGUUGGUGUUGAAUAUCGAUACAUACGUAGUUACUACUUGUGACAUAGCUUGACUAGCAUUAGUUUUGUAUGUGAGACCUGUCCGAUGUAUUAUACGCCGUUAUUUGUACAAAAUUAUAUCAAUAAAAAUAUAAUGAUAA